CUCCAUGUUUGUUUACAAUUUUGUUGAUGCUGCCUCGUUGGUUAUUCCAAUGAUUUGUACGUGGCAUUUGACACGUACGGUUUAUGCUGUAAAGUGUUCAUGAUGUUGGAUCUUUGCACAUUUUUAUGUGGUGUAUCAUGCGUGUCUUUAUUAUUGUUCAUACUUCUGUGCGUGGUGCUGGCGAAGGGCACGGCGCCCUACCCGCUCGUGCAGCGCGCCAGCGAGGAGCGCUACUUCAUCAACACGGCCGCCGGCAACGCGCGGGUCGACUUCCCCUCGCUGGACGACGAGCACUCGGUCCACCUGAGUGUCGUGGUGCCCGCCUUCGACGAGAAGACACGCCUGCCGCCCAUGCUGGACCAGUGUCUGGACUUCCUGUCUGCACGCCGCCCCGCCGGCUUCCUGUUCGAGGUGAUCGUGGUGAGCGACGGCAGUCGCGACAGCACGGCCAGCGUGGCGCGCAAGUACACGGCGCGGUGGGGGCCUGAAACGGUGCGCGUGCUGGAACUGGCCACGAACCGCGGCAAGGGCGGGGCCGUGCGGCUGGGCAUGAUGAGCGCGCGCGGGGCAGUGCUGCUCUUCGCGGACGCCGACGGGGCCACGCAGUUCUGCGACCUGGCGAAGCUGGAGGCCAGCCUGAAGCAGCUAGUGCAGGCGGACUACGCGGCCGCUCCAGGCGAUGUGGCACAGCGGUUGGGAAUAGUGUGCGGCUCCCGCGCUCACCUCGAGAAGGAGGCCAUAGCCAGCCGCUCGCUGUUCCGUACCGUGCUCAUGCUAGGCUUCCACGCGCUGGUGUGGCUGCUGGCCGUUCGCUCAGUGCGCGACACGCAGUGUGGCUUCAAGCUGCUCACACGCCGUGCCGCACGUGUCUGCUUCUCCAGCUUGCACGUCGAGCGCUGGGCGUUCGACGUGGAGCUGCUGUACAUCGCGGAGCGACUGGGCAUCCCCGUCGCAGAGGUCGCCGUCACCUGGACCGAGAUAGAAGGCUCCAAGGUGGUCCCGGUGUGGAGCUGGCUGCAGAUGGGGCGAGACCUGGUGCUCAUUUGGCUGCGCUACCGGCUGGGUGCGUGGAGGCUCAAGCCCGCCGGCAAGGCGGAGUAGCCAGCGGGGGAGCGCGCGCGGACAUUGGGGGACGACUCUUACCGGGACGGAACUAGCGGGAUGAGUUCCUGCUCGUGCUAUUGGCCGGCUGUGCUCGCUCGCUUGGGUACCAGUCGCUGUCUGGUCGCACCACUGCAACACGUCUCCGGGCUAAAGAACCUGGAGGACAUACUAUCACUAUGCUUCAUCUAGUUAUCUUGCAUGCGGCCCUUACCAACAUGUUUGAAUGUGCACUGACCUGCCAAUGAGGGCCCGGCAGCGGCCGAGGAGACACGAGGUGACCGAGACUGGAAGACAGCGGGAGACGCAGUAGAAGUGAAGAAGCGACGUUACCAUGACUGCAGAGCUUCGUGAAGAACUGCACAAGAUUGGGACUUCAGGUUCUAAUCCAAGUUGGUGACGUAACUUGAACAAACUCCAUACUCGAGUUGUGGUAACUUUUUAACGAACACUUUGCUUCAAAGUGGCAGGUGCAUAACCUUAGCUCUGGUGUCCGUGAACUGGCCCAGUGCAUAAGCUGCACAUUUAUUGCCUCGGCAAGGGAAACGGCACACGGUGGGAGUGUUGUAUGUGGACAGACGGGCGUGACUAGUACCCAUGUAUGUGUAUACCAGUCUCGACAGCUUUCAUGUGCUAUGCAGAAUUGCGCUGCAUUCUGCACGUACUUUCGUACCAUACUUACCCAAAUAAGCUUUGCACCAAACUUUUAAAACAGAACUCUUGAUCACAUUUCAAGUUUAUUUUAAAUGUUUAUUCUGGACUUUAGUAAUUAUACAAAAUUAUAAAGCACCUUCACAAUUUUUUUGGUAAAACUAAUAGCAUUCUUAGUACCAGUGUUGAUGUCUGCCUGUAAUUUUUUUAAGCAUUUUUCGUUGUUGCCAAAAGAUAACUUUUAUUAAAAAUAUAUUUUCAGUAAAAUACAUGUAAAAAUAUUAUUGUAAAUACAUGUCCCUGCAUAUAACAGGCAGAAAAAAUUUUAUUUAUGGAUUUACUGUGAUGCUAGUAAAAAAGCAUCCCUAAUGUAAAAUUGCUACUGACCGCAGCUGUUUGGUUUAUUGCAGAAAAGCCCUUUUAACAGCUGGCCACAAAUGACCAAGUGAAAUCUACACAGCAAAUUAUCACCUUUGAAAUAAUUUUAUUGGAAUGUACCCUCACUCAAAAUCAAUUUUUUUUUACAUCCUCUGUCAUAUAUGACUUUGUGACAAUGUACAGUAAAUCCCUGUUAAGAUGUUUUUCAAGGGACAUGAUAACAAGAACUUCUUAAAAGGGAAUUACAUACUUCAAAUUAAUUUGCUACAGCCUGCGGCAAAGGUUUCAACUGUUUUGUUUAGUUCAAUUUAUUUUGUUACAGUUUGGAAAUACAUAAUGUAUUUAAAAAAAAAAAAAAAAAAAAAUCUAUAAAUAUAGUUACAAAAUGUAAAGUUAAACAUUAUUAUUUUAUUUUUAUCCACAAAUGCUGAACGUUAUAUGCGGGAAGCAUCUAUUAACUCAAAUUUUAUUAAUGGGAAAAAUUAAACAAAGAGAUAUAUGGAAGUGAUCAAGGGAAUAAUUUUGUGAACUUAAUAAGCUGGGAAAAUUAUUAUGCAGGAACUUUUUCAGUGAGUUUUACUGUACUUUCUUCCCACAGUACAAUCCCAUUUUCAUAGCUGUAGAUCACAACCACACAUCUUCUGUAAUUACUGCCUCUUUCCCACAUACACAUCCACAAACCACGUGCAAGAUGUCCUUCCUCCACUGAGCAACAGCUGGUUAACCAACCUUGGAACUUGACGAAAAUUGUGCCGUGCUGCAUUUUUCAAGUUUUAAACAAGCAGCACACCAUGCUUUUUCAACACUUAUUUCACGAAAAAUUGUGUGCAGGUUAUUUGGGUAAAUAUGGUGUAUUUGCUGUGAAGGGAAGCAAUAUAAACACUUUUGUUCUGAAAUAUUUUUUUUUUUAGGUAAUUCAGUCAUUCCAAGUUACUGUUCAUAUGCAGCCAUGGGUUACUAAAAAAUUUUUUUAAACAUUUACAGGAUUAUGAGUACUUAUCUUUGACUGGCAUUUGCUCUAAAACUAAGCGGGAAAACAUUACGCCAAAGUAGUGUUAUGUUAUUUUACGAUUACCGAUUACUGAUCUGUGAGUGCUGGUGCUCCAAUCCAUUGUGUGAACCUCACUGAAUCAUUCCUAGAAAACGCACUAUCGAGAACGAGGCUCCACAUUCCCGGGAGUUGUUCAUCGAUGUGGUAAUGGUGAGCUCUUGCCGGCAGCGAAGGAAGGGUGGUGGUUGAGUACUUGUACCGAGACGGGAUUGUGGAGGCCACGAGCAGAGUUGCGCUCUCCGGCCGAGGACCACGCCUCCAGGACCCUGCUCUCAGCUCACGUGUUGUUACCGUUUUGGCUUUUGUCAUCAUGAGAAAUGUUUAUAAAUAAAAAUUAUAAUUUUAUGCA